UCCGGGGACGUCCGAGGGAGACUUCUGCGCUGGCUGUGCUGCGUGGGGAAGACUCGCGUCUCUUGGGCUGCGCGCACGAGGAGGAUGGAAAGGGAAGAAGCGGCGGCUUCGUGGGGAAAGGAAAAACGACGGCCCCGCGGGCUGGGCGGCAGACGGAGGCCCUGAGUCAAGCCUCGGCGAAGCGCAGGUGAGGCUGCCAGGGUGGGAGGGAGGUGCGCUGGGGGGAAGCUCCUUGACUGCAUCGUCUCCUGCGUUUCCAACAAGCUGCUCCAAAUCGUAUUCCACCAACGUGUCCUGUCAGCACAAGGAUUUCUGCUGCCCCCUAAAUCUACUUUUAGGUGGGAUCCCCUAGGGCAGAUUUAGGGGCGUGGGGAGGGAUGUCCUAGUGGAAAUCCUCGGAAUCUCCGAAGAAUCAUGGAAUUGUUGGAAGGGAGCCCGAGGGUCAUCUAUUCCAACCCCUCGCAAUGCAGGAAUCUCAACUAAAGCAUCCCUGACAGGUGACCAUCCAACAUCUGCUUAAGACCCUCCAAGGAAGGAGAGUCCACCUUCUUCUAAGGGAGUCUGUUCCACUGUCAAACCGCUCUCGCUAUCAUAAAGUUCUUCCUGAUGUUUGGUCAGAAUCUGCUUUCUUGUAACUUGAAUCCUGCCCUCCAGUGCAGGAGAAAACAAGCUUGCUCCAUCUUCCAUGUGACGGUCCUUUAGAUACUGUAUUUGAAGAUGGCUAUCAUAUCUACCCUCAGUCUCCUCUUUACCAGGUUAAACACACCCAAUUCCCUCAACGGUUCCUCAUAAGACUUGGCGUGUGGCUUUUUUUACCAUCCUUUUACCGAACCUACUUUUUAUCUCCUCGCAACAGCACUGUGAGGUAGGCUAGGUUGCGACGGCAGUGACAGGUCUUCACUGACCCUGGACCUAUUCUGACACUCUUUAGCUGUAAACAGGGAAGGGUCAUGCACAUUGAGAUUCUUGGAGGAAUGGUUUAAUAUAAAUGCAAUCAAUCAAUGCCACAUUAAUUCUCUUUGGAGGUAAAGUGGGAUAUCAACAUAAGGAAUAAAUUAAAAUUGUAAUUCAACAUUGGAAUUGUGUUCAGAACCCUUGCUUGUAUGGAGUUUAACACACACACACACACACACACACACACACACACAAGUAUUUAUUCCUUGCUGGUUUCUCACAUACACUUUCAAGCAUUGGCUUACUGUGUUCAUUCAUAUGUUUUAUUCUGCCUAGGACUGCUGACAUGUUGGCUGCAGAUGAGUUUCUAAAAUCUCCACCAAGGAAAACAGUCAGAUUUGGUGGGACAUUGACAGACAUCCUUCUAAAAUACCAAAAGGUAGUAUGGUUAUCUGUCUCAUUUUUUGUAUUUUCUGACUGUCUUGAAAGGUGUUUUUUUUUUAAUGAAAAAUGCAAGUUUGGCCUUAAGAGAUUGUCUUUUAGCUGUAUACUCCCACUGUCUCUGGCAGUAUCUUAGUUAUUUUCACCGAAAGAAAUGCAAGGAAAACAAGAUAUAGUCACUAAAUCUGAAAAAAAGGUUUUGAGGAGCGACAGUAAAGUUAUUAACAUAUGUUGCAAAAAGAGAGAGAAGAGAACCUCUAUUAAUUGCUUUUAUGCUUUGAAACAGUAAUACACCCAAUGUGUCUCUCUAUUUAUUUUCAAUAGGGAUCGAAUAAGCUUUGAUGCAAGGCUGCAUGAUUUGUUAGGGUACAACUUAAUUCAUGUUUUUGUUUUGAAGGGUGAGACAACCGAAUUUGAUUUGUUGAAGCAUCAGCUGUUAGAUCCAGACUUAAAAGUAAGGAUUUUUUCAUCCAAGUAUUUCAGUGCUCUGCAUGACUUCUUAAAUGUAAGAAAAAAAUGAACGAGAAUGAAUUGUUGCAGUUUUGUGUACCAUUUAUGAUUAUAACUAGGAUAAUCAGUAACAGAUCUGACCACAGCUUAGAAUACAGGCGUGUAAUGUUAGACUUGAUUUCGAGGAAGUCUUACAAGCCCAGAAGCUUUGAUAAAAUCUAAGCUACAUAGGAACUUAUGGCUUCCCUCUGUCCCUAGCUUACUCCCACCUUUACCCUUGUGAUUGUUCUGACGCUAGAGGAAUGGAGGGGGAUUGUGCACCAUCCUUUUAAUGCCUGGCAUGCUGCAUGUCAGACACAAAGAAUGCUAGGUAAUGUGGUUUGCUCAGUGCUGCUGGCUCCAGAUGUUACCCAAAGCUCCUUGAAUCUUGGUGUCUGGUGUCAAAGAGUGAAGGGGCAAAAGAGACCAUCUAUGCUUCCAUUGGCAGAGCAGCAACAAAGAUAAGGAAUGGGGUUGUUGGGGGCUCACUGAGAGAGGGAUCAGGCCUUGUUGUGCUUCCAGUGAUAUUACUGGAGGCACAACAGGGUCUGAAAUAUGCACACAGUUGGGUUCAAAAGAACUCAGCUAUUUCCCAUUUUGGGGGAAAACAAUUUUUUAAGAGCUCGGUUCCAAAUCCAACUUAGGGACCACCAGCAAUAUGUUUGUUUUUUGACUGAUGUGAAGGCAGUGUUGUUGUGUCUGGCUUCCCUGCCUCCUUUGCCAAAUCAUUCAUGUGAACAGAAAUUUAACUUUUAAGUAAUUCUAAGGUCAACUCUGUAUCUACAAAAAAAGAAAAGUUCACUCAGUUUUUCAGUAUAAAAUUUACUACGUAUACCAGAACCAGUAACAAAACAGCAGCCGAAACCUCAUGAUCCAUCGUAAGUCAUUAAAUGACGAAAAAUCACUAACAAGUUAAUAAAAGCUCUGGAAAAGAGACUUGAGUGUACUUCAAAAUCAUCACAACUGGCAGCAUAUGGAGGGAUGGGGUUCUGUAAUUAAGGAGCCGCUGUCCAGUAGGCCCUAUCCUUUAUCUCCACAAUUGCUUUCAUGGGUUCCCAGCAGGGUUUUUUUCUGGCCCUGUUGCCGCCCCUUUCCUCCUGGCCUGGCCACUGCCCAACAACAGCCCAAGAAGCACCCCAUUCCAUUCUACCUGUUUUGCAGGAAGAUCUGCCUGGGAGUGCCUCUGUCUGGCAGCUGCCAUCCUAGCCCACUAUUCACUUGCCUUUCCCAUGGGAGAGGUGGGUGGGAGCAGGGGUCAUCCGGAGGUGCCCUGGACACCUUAGCCACACAACUGCUACAGAGUUCCCGGCCUUCCUUCCAGCCUUAGAGCUGGGGAAGGGUUAGGAUCACUACACAACUGCAUAGAUGAACCCUGCACACUCUCCAGCUUCAAACUAGAGAGGAAGACUGGUCGCUCAUCACACCAGAGGGUGGCAUCACACUCCCAGUAAUGAGUGAUAUGUGGAAGCCUAAUAGCCCUUCUGUCGGAUUAACCCAGUUUUUUAAAAAAUACCUCCGUUACUAAUAGGUGUUUUUUUUUUUACACACCUUUUAAGUUCAGACUAUUAAAGAGAAAUUGGUUCUGUUUGCAGGAUGACCAGAUUAUAAACUGGCUGGGUGAGUUUCGGUCUUCCGUUACACUCUUGACCAAGGAGUUUGAACAACUAGUCAGCAUCUUACUGGUAAGAGUGUGCCAUUUCUAAUGUUUGCUGUACUUGGUCUUGAUUCAGUCUGUGCAACGUGCAUUCGAACUUAAUUGUAUGUGUAACUUUGCAGAGGGUGCAGUGGCUGAAAAGGAGCCAGCCUGUGGUGGAAGAGUAUUUGGCUUUCCUGAGCAACUUGGUGUCGGCACAGACAAUCUACCUUAGGCCAUGUCUUGCAAUGAUUGUCUCGCACUUUGUACCGCGUGAGUUUUGGUUUUCUAUUCUUCUGCCUUGUAUUGUUGACCAGGUGGCCAUAUUCAAUUUGAACUUAAGUUUGGCAAUCAGAUUCUCACGUGAAGUGUAUAAUAAUAGAAUAAUUCUGUUUCCGCCUAGCUCGAAUAACCAUUCAAGAGAACGAUGUGGACAUUUCGGAUUCAGAUGAUGAUGAAAGUGAGUAGCCAUUUCAUGUCUAAUGGUCAGUUAUGUUAGCACAAAAUCUUGGGAGAGCUGCUGCCAGUCAGUGUAAGCUGACUCAGUAUAAGACAGCUUCCUGUGUUCCAUAUUAUUUUCAUUUUACUACACUGGUUAAGGGUGAAAUCUAGUUCUCUCUGAUAUUUGUGGCUUUCCAUUGAAUGAAACUUGGAGGUUGCAUACAGCAGGAGCUAUUGAUAGACUUACCCUCCCUGAAUUUACCUAAUUCCCUUUAAAAGCUAUCUAAGCUAGCAGCCGUUGCCACUCACUAGGGCUGGGUGAUAUAUCAAUAUAUUGUCCAAAACCGGUUUGAAGUCCAUAUCAUGAUUUCAGUUUCAUAAUUUUUGACCUGACGAUACAUUGCAAAUCAUGAUGUGCACUGUAUGUGUGCUAUGCAAAAAUCACAAUGUGGGGAAAAUUGUGAAGCCAGCCAAUGCCUCUACAUAGCUCCAUUUUUAUUUCAGACAUCUUGAUAUAUCAGUAUAUUAUGAUGUGUAGCAGGUGCUAUAUCACAAUGAUGAAAACCAGUUAUCGCCCAGCCCUGCCACUCCCAUAUAUUAGACAUAAAGUUUAAACAAUUUAAUAGCACCAAAUCUGUCUACCUUAAGUGAUUGAGGAAGUGCUCCCAUAAAAUCUAACAUGAAUAUAUAAGAAAAAGUUCUGGAUUAACAUACAUGUUUGAUGAUGUUCAAUUCUUGCAGAUGUUACUGAAGGCUUUGACACUUGCCAUAGAGCACUGCAAACAAUUGCAAAAUACGUCCCUUUGUAAGUACAUAAUGAUUGAUUUGGUACAUCCCCUAAGUUAAUUCAUAGCCUUUUCUACCUGCUAGCUGAAACACAAUCACACAUCUUGCAUAUUAGCUUCAAGUGACAAAGCUACCUAAAUUGAUAAUAUUCUGUAGUUCAAAAUAGGUCAGUGGUAUUAAUUGGUAUAAAUACGUUUAGCAGCCCUCAAAUUAUGUUUUCCCCUAGAUUGCUUCCUCUGUAUUACUGUUGUAAUCGGUUACAGUAUGACGUGUGAAAGCUUGUAAGAAAGAGAAGCCUUAAUCCUGUGUUUAGGGUGCUACUGAAUUAUCAUAAUAAUUUGUAUUUUCAAUUAAAUUGCUUAAUGUAUAAAGUGUAUCCCCCCCCCCCCCCAUUUCAGUGCAUGAUUUUAGGUGGAGUAUGAUUGCGAGUGAACUAUCUUGGUAGGGAAUAAAUUACUCUUGAUUAACCGCAUGUGUGAUUAUUCUUCCCUGAGGACAGAUCUAAUUCUCCACCUUGAGUUUCCAAUGAGUCUUUUAAAAGACUAAAGACUUUCCAUGUGUACACUGUGCUGUUGGGGCCUGUUUUUUAUUUUUCCUGAUAAACUAGAUGUGACCAAUUAAAAUCAGUCAAUAAAUGAAAUUAAUAAUUUAUGUAUUUAUGUAAUAAAUUGAUUAAAUUGUAAUUGCUCCACCGAGAGAUAAUAUGUUCAAGAUAGCCCAGUAAUCUUAUUUAUAGCAUUACUGUAUACUUUUCUUAAGCAGUCCCUUAUUUAUGUUAAGAAAUCUGUCUCAAACUUGGGUGGAAAACAGUAUUGUGAAUCAAUGCCUGUGCCUCUUUUUUUAUAUGACUUUCAUCAUUCAGCUCCUGAAAUGUUUCAUUUGCUGAGAUUGUUUAAUGGGCUGUCCCAUGUUCAAACUUAUUUUGAAGCUUCUUUACACUUGCAUUGCAGGACACCACAGUUUCUCAUGCCGGUGCUCGUUGACAAAUUUCCCUUCGUUAACAAAUCAGAAAGAACCCUGGUAAGUAAUCAGCCUUAAGUUUAAAAUGGGAUUUUCCUUUGUGUGUCUUGCAUCAGUGCUAUUUUUAAUGACCCUCUUGAAAUAAAAGUGGCAGAAGUUGAGCAUCCACAGAUCUUGAUGGUGCAGAUACAGGAUAAGCAUAGAGAACUGUCAGCAUGUAGAAGCUUUUUCUAUUCCUUCAAGUGUUAAUGCCUUCUUCGUCUUUCCAUUUCACCAGGGAUUUUCUGCUUUGGCUGUUUUGUUUUCCUAUCUCCCUUUGCCUGAUUUCCUUUUAACUGAGGAUAUUGGCAGGGAUUGAACCUGGAACCUCUUUUAUGCAAAACAUGAGCUUUAUGAUUGAGCUGUGGUCCCUUCUGUUGUGUGGUGCCUUACACCAUAAAAAAAUCCCUGACCCAAACCUAUGUUGCUGAAGCUCAAGCAGUAUGAAACUGAAAAACAAAGGCCCACCUUGAGAAAAUCCAAUCUGCGGUGGGUUUAAACUACAAAUUGAAGAGGCUCGUUAGCCUUAGUACUCAAAUGGUUUUCUAUACAAGAAGAACGUUUUGUGUAUGUUUUUAAAUUUAUCAUUUUUGUGGGGGAAUUCCAUUGCAGCAAUGCUACGUGCAUAACAUGCUACGAAUCAGCGGAUAUAUCCCAACUCUGAGGCAUGACAUUCUGGAGCUAGUUAUUGAAAGGGUAUUAAAGAUCGAUGUAAGUAUAGAGUGUGGUUCGUAAAAGACUUAAUUCUUUCACCUUUAUUGUGUAUUACAUGUUAGAAAAGGAAGGCAUAGGCAAACUCGGCCCUCAGAUGUUUUGGGACUACAAUUCCCACCAUCCCUGACCACUGGUCCUGCUAGCUAGGGAUCAUGGGAGUUGUAGUCCCAAAACAUCUAGAAGGCUGAGUUUGCCUAUGCCUGGUCCAUAAUAAAAAGUGGACAAAAGAGAUGGUUGUAUAGAUGGUUUUAUUAGACUGGCUUCAAUGGAUAGCCUGCUUUUGACCCAUUCCUGGGUGGGAAAGUAAAUUAUAGGGGUUGUGUCCAAAGCUCUGCAUGCACUUGAGAUCCCUGCAUCGCAGGGGCUUGGACUAGAUGACCCUCAGGGUCCCUUCCAACUCUAGAAGUCUAUGAUUCUUUGAAAGUUUCAUCAGCGCGAGGAUUUCUGCUUGCGCAAUGGAGCAUUCUCCCCUAAGUGUGCUGUCUUGAGCUCCUUGCAAUUAAGGCAGGAUAUAAAUGUGACAUUGGGUAAUAUUUCAGUCAAACCCUUUACCUUUUCAGCUGGGGGCGGGAUAUCUAAGUUUUAAGAAUUGUUGUGCACCUUCAUUUGCAUGCGUACCAAACGCCUUUAGAAAUGUUCAGUAUCCUUACUCCUUACAACAGGUGAGCGCUCCGAGAAAAGAGAUUGAAGCUGCUGAAGAGGAUGAGAGUGAAGGGGUUGCUGAAGAAGGACUCUUUGACAUGGCAAGUGUGUUUAUUGAGCAGUGCGACAGGUCACAUCCGAGCCAUACAUGCAAAGCACAUGGUUUCCCCUCAAAGAAUCCCAGGAACUGUAGUUUACCCCCUCACUGAGCUACAGUUCCCAGCACCCUUAGCAAACUAUGGAUCUCAGGAUUCUUUGGGGGAAUCCAUGUUCUUGAUAAUACAAAUAAUACAUGAUAAUACAAAUAUUAGUAAGAAUGUUAUUUAAUGCAACACAUCCUAUUAUAUAAGCCUUUCAGUAUUCCUACAAUAUCUCGAUAACGAAACCUUUGACAUCACAAUUAUUUUUUGUAGCACUUUCAAAAAUAUAGGUUGAAUAUUUGCUAAUAUUUCCUUUAUAGCAGGAAACAAUAUGACCCUGAAUGUUAUACCUAUUUCAUACAUAGAGCUCUGUGUCCUGUGUGUGUGUAUUUGAUUGUUGGAUUCCAUUUACCAGUUUUCUCACAAUUUUAUAUGGGUGUACCAUCCUUGUUAACUUUAUAAAUUCUAGCUUUUCCCAUAUAUUUUUAAUUAAUUUUUGCUUUCUCGGAACCUGGCUUUGCUUCCAUGGUUUAGCAAAGAAUAUCCUUGCUGAAGUUAAUAUAUAUAACAUCUGUUUUUGAUGUUUUCUGAAAUUGUCACUACUUUGUGUAUAAUUUAGAUGAAGACACAAUAAUGGCUCUGCAUUUGCCUGAAUUAUUCUUAUUAGCAAGAAAAAUAAACCUCCCUUCUGAACAGAAGGCAUCCUGUUUUACUUCCCCCUUAAUGUUGAUGAUGAUGAUGAUGUACAUUUGAUACAUAAGCUUCUCCACAAUGGUGAUUUUCCAGAGUUUACCAGAGUUCAGUACUCUUUAUUCAGUACUUUUAUUUUAAUAGGAUGAAGAUGGAGAAAACCCGGAGAAGAAUGAGGUGAUGGCUCACCCAGUUGCAGAACGCCUAGACAUCCUGAUGAUUGUCUUGUUUUCAUACGUUAAAGAUAUCUGCCAUGUGAACGGUAAUUACCCCUGCACAAUGUGCUUAAAUUAUUUCAUUGAGAUAGAUAGUGAGGAGGCAGCAGAGAUGAUAGAAAUAAUCUGUGGGACAACCUAGCAGGAGAUUCCUGAAUAUCAUGCUGCAGGCUUAAAGUGGGUAAGAGGAAGCAAGACAGGCCUGUGUGUAGAUGUUUGUAUUAAGGGCAGGAGAAAGUUAUGCCAGAUGAGAUUAGCCAUGUGGAGUUUUAUCAGUGCCUUUUUAGGCAAAAUAUUUAAAUAUUUUUUUAGAGUUGAUUGCCACUCUUAGUGACAUUGACAAAAUCAAACACCCGCUGUCUAAUCUGGCUAAGCCUGUUAUGUUCAAUACAGCUGUGUGUGCUGCGAAACCUUCCCAACUCGGGAAAACCCGUGAAACCAGCUUUGCGACCUGAUAUAUAUGUUUUUGUAUAUUACAUGUGUUUAUUACAUAUGUUUAUAUUUACUGCCACUGCUUGCUUGCUAAAAUUGCUUGCUUUUCUUUUGUUUGUUUCUUGCUAUAACCUGUAUUUGGUUGGCCAAUAAAAUUUUGAUUUAAAAAACAUUACUGUAAACAUGAAAAACAGGCAUGCUGUUUCUUGGUACGAUGCUGCGGUAACAGAAAUGUUUUUUUGUUCUCAGGGAAGCUUGAUAUUGGCAACACCAAGGAUUUGUAUCGGGAUCUGGUGACAGUGUUUGAUAAGCUCAUUUUGCCGACCCAUGGCUCAUGUCACGUGCAGUACAUCAUGUUCUACCUCUCUAGCUUCAAACUGGUGCGUAUAGUUAAUUGCCUCUCUUGCUCUGCUUUGCUCCCAUUUAUUGAUAUGGGGAGCCAUCCCAGACCCCCUAAAUGUGCGGGGGGGGGGGCUGCAAGGAACUGUGGCCUAGGCCUUGGGGGUCGGAGCUAAAAGCAUCCGCAGUCUUCUUGGUGAGCAAGAUCUGAGUAAGGACGCUACUUCCAACAUAUGCAGGCAUGUUGAUUGCUUUCACUGCCAAAAAGGUUCCUGUUUGCUGGGUAUCUCCCUGAAGUCAGGGUGGACUUUCAGAUGUUACUGGACUCACAUCUCCCCUCAUCCCUGAUCAUUGGGCGUGCUGACUGGGACUGAUGGAAGUUGGAGCCGAUCUGGAGGGCUACAUGUUCCUCACCCCUACUCCCAGAAGUAAUAGAUGCCUGCAAAUAGAGUCCAUGGAUUUAGUUUCCACGGCAUUUGAUGUCUUGCCACAUGUGACUCUGUAUUACAGGGAAUUGCAGAAGCCUUUGUGGAGCAUCUUUGGAAAAUGCUUCGUAAUCCAAAUACUCCAGCCGUGAUCAGGCAGGCUGCUGCCAACUACACCGGCAGCUUUUUGGCACGGGCAAAGUUUGUUCCGGUUGUGUAAGUAGCCUACCAACUUCCUUUUUGUAGUUACUGAUCUGCUGUGGAAGGCUAGAUAUGUGGAAUUGAGGAGUGCAGUGGAGGAGCUAAUGCAAUAGAUACUUAGCUGUCAUAGGAACCUGCCUUACGCUGUCAGACCAAUGGCCCAUUUGGCUCAGUAUUGUCUAACUCUGACUGGCUCUCCAGGGUUUUGGGUGGGGAACAGCCUGACCUGGAGAUGCCAGGGAUUGAAUCUGGGAUCUUUUGCAUGGAAAGCAGAUGCUCUACUACUGAGCUUACAUAUCUUUCCCAAGGACUAGCUUAUCCUGGACUGCUAAGUGUUUCCUAUUUUUGGUGCCCCAUUUUGCUGUGCAGGCAGCUGCCUGGGGCAGUAGAAUGCAAAGGAUGGGAGAUGCAAAUGUCCCAGAACAUCCCAAGAGCCACAGAUUACCUACCCCUGAGCUAAGUCUUGAAUAGCAUUAUAGGUAGAGUGGUCCCCAUAACCAAGCUUCUUUUCUGGCGUUUGGUGGUCAACUUUGAUGUCCAGAAUCACACAAGGAAUUUUGUCUUAAGCCCUUCUUCAAGUCAGCCCUUGCUCUGACUUGUCUGUGCAAAAACAUGAGAAGCCCUCCUGCAUCAGGCCAAAAGCCAUCUAGUUCAGCAUCCUGUUCUUGCUUUGCUCAACCUGUGGGAAGCCCCCAGGCGGGACAUGGGCACGGCAGCACACUCCCCACUUGCGAUUCCCAGGAACUGGUCUUCAGAGGCAUAUUGGCUGUGGCAGUGGAAGGAGAGCAUGGCUUGUAGAAAUUGGACAGCCUUCUCCUUGAAUAUGCGGAAUCCUCUUUUAAAGCCGUCCAUCACUACCAUCUUAUAGGAUCGAACUCCUUUAAUGAUGCACUGUGUGAAAGAAGUACAGUGGUACCUCGGGUUAAGUACUUAAUUCGUUCCGGAGGGCCGUACUUAACCUGAAACUGUUCUUAACCUGAAGCACCACUUUAGCUAAUGGGGCCUCCUGCUGCCACCGCACCACCAGAGCACGAUUUCUGUUCUUAUCCUGAAGCAAAGUUUUUAACCUGAAACACUAUUUCUGGGUUAGCGGAGUUGUAACCUGAAGCGUAUGUAACCUGAAGCGUAUGUAACCCGAGGUACCACUGUACUUCCUUCUGGUUGCUCUGAAUCUUACAACAGCAGUGUUCUAGUACAGUGGUACCUCUGGUUGCAAACGGGAUCCAUUCUGGAAGUCCGUUCGCAACAUGAAACGAGUGCAACCCGCAGCGGUGCAUCUGCGCACCCAUGGGUUGCUAUUUGCCACUUCUGCGCAUGCGUGUGAUGUCAUUUUGUGUGUCUGCGCAUGCGCUAGUGGCGAAACCCGGAAGUAACCCUUUCCGGUACUUCCGGGUCGCCGCGGGACGUAUCCUGAAAGAACGUAACAUGAAACGUAACAUGAGGUAUGACUGUAUUUACUUAACUGCUUUCCUCACUUCAGGUGCAUCAUUGUAUACACCUUAAGCCUUCAGUCUUCACCUGGACUCCAGCUACUGCCAUUCACCCUUUCUGUUUGCUUCAAUUCCCUUAUUGCUCUGCUCUGUAGCUGGAGUCCUUUCAGCCGAUUUCCAAAUACUGGUUUUGUUCUGCAAAUAGAUGGAAUGCUUUUGGCACGCCCAGAUGCGUUUUUGGCUUUGUGACCAAGCCUGAACUGCUAACAAGAAUGUAGUUGCCUCAUUGCACCUUGUCCCAAAUGGUAGCUACUGACUUACCUGUGAAAUGUGGGACAGCUGCCCUUAAUUAGGCUUUCUUUCUUUGGUCCCAUUGCAGUACAGUGAAAACCUGCCUGGACUUGCUGGUCAACUGGCUGCACGUGUACAUCGACAACCAGGGCACAGGGGCGAAAGCCUUUUGCGACAUCACUCUUCACGGGCCCUUUUAUGCCGCCUGCCAGGCUGCGUUCUACGUGAUCAUAUUUCGUCACAAGCAAAUAGUGGACGGAAACCUAAAGAAAGGUGUGUAUAUCGGAAAAACACAGCUCAGGCAGAAUUUGGCAGUUUAAUAGCUGAAUGGCUCACAGCGAGAAGCAGGUGCGUGGGGACUGUUCUCAUUAGUACUUGGGCACAUCUUUGGAUUUCUCAGUUGGGGAGCCAUGAAUAAGUUUACAGAGCAGAACAAAUAUAGGUGGAAGAGCAUUUAGGAGAUUCCUCUUUUGAACUGGAGUUAAUUCAAUUGAAUUAGGAGGGCCAUAGCUCAAUGGUAGAGCAUCUCCAAGUAGGGCUGAAACCCUGGAGAGCUACUGGCCAUCUGUGGAGAAUACUGAGUAGUGGUCUGCCUUGGCAUGACAGCUUUCUGUGUUCCUAACUUUCCUUUGACCCACCAGAUAACACCAUCUCCGUUGGAGACUGUUUUAGACAUUCCUAUUCAAUGCAUUUAAAGCAUUUAGUAGCAUGCACACUGUAUGUUUUAUCUGCCAGGAAGCCAGGCCUGACUGCCUUCUUGUUGCAUGUGUGCAGCUUUUAGUAACAAACACUUUUCUCCUGUAGCAUUCAAAGCGGCACCGGGCCUCAUGUGCAUUGUGAAAAAUGCAUACUGCCCAAACAGUUUUCGCUUUCCCUAGCGCUAAAUGUUCUUUGCUCGUUUUGUUUUGAAGGUUUGGCCUUCUUGCAGAGCUUAAACCUUGAACGCAUUGUGAUGUGCCAGCUAAACCCCCUGAAGGUCUGCUUGCCUUCCAUUGUGAAUUUUUUUGCUGCCAUUACAAGGUAAGUGUCUUUUAAAAAAAAGCUCUCUUGAAUAUUGUUAAUUGAAUACAGAAAUAUAGAUGUCAAAAUAUAUAUUUGUUUUCUAAUAAUAGGCCCUUGCAGAUGUGUGCUCUGCUUGUUUGGACAAUGCUUGUAGGUUGGAAGGCCGAACUGUGACUGUAAAUCCAACCCCCUGCCCAGCAUCUCACCUGUGCAAGCCCUGCUGCCCCCCAGGGUGCUCCCAAUGUAUGCAAUUUUAGUCACUCAUUGUGGGAGUGCCAGUACUGGGAGAGGAGAAGCCAGAUGUGAUUGGGUCCCACCUGAGCCAAUAGAAAGGGGCUUAGCUGUUUUUGGUGCGCUUGUUUUUGUGGUUGCAUCUCUCUUCUUAAAAGAGAAACUUCAGCCAGCCAUUUUUGCUCUCUUCCAGGAAAUACCAAAUCGCAUUCUGCGACACCAUCAUCGAGAGGAACAGGCGGCAAGUUUUGCCAGUUGUAAGAAGCAGCUGUGGGGGUGACUCUGUUGAGACUUGCACAAACCCCCUUGACAGCUAUUUCCCGUUUGACCCUUAUAUUCUCAAAAGGUAUCUAAUUCCAGACAUCAGCGAACCUUCUUUUACUUACUAUGGAAAGACGCCAUUUGGCACUUCCAAGCAAAGCACUCCUUACUGUUUUCAGCUCAGGUUUACAGGCUGUAUUUUGCUUUUCGUUUCCCAUUACAAGUUCUUGAUGCAGUAGUGUUGUGGCAAUCUGGGUGGGGAGGAACUGUGUCGUGUCAAUCUUGUGCAGCUGUGUCCAGCUGGAUACUUUGGUGCGGCCCCAGCAUAGGACUGUGGGGGGGAGAGUCCUUGCUCAGUACCAAUUGCACUGUUUGUGGGGUUCUCAUUUCCUCUUGGUGCUUGUUCCAUUUUUUACUUUUGAAACCUCUGAGCUUGUUGAUGCCUCCCCUCUUGUUCAUACAAAGUGUUGUUCUGGCUGCUCAAACUGAGUUUGCUAUUGGCAUGUAGGAUGGUUUCAUUAUUAACAUUUCCAUGUCCUUUUAAGGCAGAGGGGAGGAUAAGUCUAGAAAGCAUUGGCGUGGCCACCUGGCCUCAGAGAUAGGCAAUUGGGAGAAGACUUUGUACUGUAUAGAAUGGCCAUUAAACUGACUUUGCCCUCUUGCAGUGGGAGAACUAACCCAUUGAAGGAUAGCCUCUUCCACUGUAGGGGAAUCUGGAUGGCACCGGAAUGGCCUUAUGAUCAGCACAUGCAUCUGCUUUCUUCUACUCUCUUUAUAUUAUGCCUUUUGCAGAUCAAAGAACAUAAUCAACCCAUUAUAUCAGUUUUGGGAAGAGGAGUCUUCUGAAGACCUCAUAGAGGCUACAGACUCCAUUAAUGAGGUGAGCAAUUUUAUUCAAACGCCAUCUUUAGUUCUGACGUGAUGCCUUGCCUUGGAGUACGUUUGUUCCCGUGUUUUUUAGUCUGGUACAAAAUCCUGAGUCUAGAUAGCGGAGUGAAAAAAACAAGUUAAGUGAAAAGCACUUCCGUUUCCUUUUUUGUGUGUGUGUGCAGGGCAAAGGUGAAGAGGAAGAUGACUUUCUGAAAGGCGAAACUCCUCAAAAUGAUUGCAUUGGUGGACUGACAUCAGGCUCCUUUGACUCUACACUUCAGAGUUCAGAAAACUGCAUAGGGUCACUGCCAGUUCCAUCACUAUAGAUGCUGCUGUGACCUUCCAAGAGCAUAUACAAAGUCGUCGGGGCAAUCGUUCUGAUAGAGACCCUUUUGUUUAUUUGCACAGUUCCUAAACCGAUUUCUUGGAACAAUACUGAAAGCAAAACUGAAACAAACAUGUGGAUACUUUCAACUGGGGUGUGUUCACUUCAUUUUGUAAGCUGUAUGAAUUUAACAAUUUCCUUUUGAUUUGCAAUGGCUCAUCUAAUGUAUUAAAUAUAUUAAAGACUAUGAAUCAGAGAA